AUGGCCAAGCGAAGUUUCUCUGCGUUGGAGGCAUUCCUGAUUUUCCUCCUUGUGAUGAUGGCUGCCAUUACCGUGGCCCUUCUCAGCCUCUUGUUUAUCACCAGUGGAACCAUUGAAAACAACAAAGAUUCAGGAAACCUUGAUUUUUCGACCAGCCAAAGCCCUCCAGCCACACAGGGCCCUGCGGCCACCCAAUCUGCUCCAGUGACCUGCACCCCGGAGAUUCAGAACUUCAGUGGCUACCAUAUUGGUGUUGGGCGAGCUGACUGCACAGGACAAGUAUCAGAUAUCAAUUUGAUGGGCUAUGCCAAAAGUGGCCAGAAUGCACGGGGCAUCCUCACGAGGCUGUACAGCCGGGCUUUCAUCAUGGCGGAACCUAAUGGGUCAAAUCGAGUGGUGUUUGUCAGCAUUGACAUAGGCAUGGUAUCGCAACGACUCAGGCUGGAGGUCCUGGACAGACUACAAAGCAAAUAUGGCUCCCUGUACAGAAGAGACAAUGUUAUCUUGAGUGGCACUCACACGCACUCAGGUCCUGCUGGCUAUUUCCAAUACACUGUAUUUGUGAUCGCCAGCGAAGGAUUUAGCAAUCGAACUUUUGAGUACAUGGUCAAUGGCAUUAUGAAGAGCAUUGAGAUAGCACAUACAAAUAUGAAACCAGGCAAAAUCUUCAUCAAUAAAGGAAUUGUGGAUGGUGCACAGAUCAACCGAAGCCCUUAUUCUUAUCUUCAGAAUCCACAGUCAGAGAGAGCAAGGUAUUCUUCAAAUACAGACAAAGAAAUGGUUGUCUUGAAAAUGGUGGAUUUGAAUGGAGACGACUUGGGCCUUAUCAGCUGGUUUGCCAUCCAUCCAGUCAGCAUGAACAACAGCAACCAUCUUGUAAAUGGUGACAAUAUGGGCUAUGCAUCUUACCUUUUUGAGCAGGAGAAGAACAGAGGAUAUCUACCUGGGCAGGGACCAUUUGUAGCAGCUUUUGCUUCAUCAAACCUAGGAGAUGUGUCCUCCAACAUUGUUGGCCCACAUUGCAUCAACACGGGAGAGUCUUGUGAUAAUGCCAAUAGUAGUUGUCCUAUUGGUGGGCCUAAUAUGUGUAUAGCAACGGGACCUGGCCAGGAUAUGUUUGAUAGCACACAAAUUAUAGGACAAAUCAUAUAUCAGAGAGCAAAGGAUCUGUAUACCUCUGCCUCCCAGGAGGUGAGGGGACCAGUGACCUCAGCCCACCAGUGGGUCAAUAUGACAGACGUGACUGUCUGGCUCAAUUCCACACAUGCAGUAAAAACCUGUAAACCGGCACUGGGCUACAGUUUUGCGGCUGGCACAAUUGACGGAGUUGGAGGCCUCAAUUUUACACAGGGGAUGAAAGAAGGGGAUCCCUUUUGGGACACCAUUCGAGACCAGCUCCUGGGCAAGCCAUCUGAAGAAAUCAAAGAAUGUCAAAAACCAAAGCCAAUCCUUCUUCAUACUGGUGAGCUAUCAAAACCUCACCCCUGGCAUCCAGAAAUCAUUGAUGUUCAGAUUAUUACUGUUGGGUCCUUGGCCAUAACUGCCAUCCCUGGGGAGUUUACAACCAUGUCUGGACGAAGACUUCGAGAGGCAGUUCAAGCAGAAUUUGCAUCUUAUGGCAUGAAGAAUAUGACUAUUGUUAUUUCAGGACUAUGCAAUGUUUAUACACAUUACAUUACCACUUAUGAAGAAUACCAGGCUCAGCGAUACGAGGCAGCAUCUACAAUUUAUGGACCACAUACUCUUUCUGCUUACAUCCAGCUGUUCAGAGGCCUUGCUAAGGCCAUUGCUACAGACACAGUAGCCAACCUGAGCCGAGGCCCCGAGCCUCCGUUUUUCACACAGCUUAUAAGCCCAUUAAUUGCUAAUAUUGCGGAUAGAGCACCACUAGGCAGAAAUUUUGGGGAUGUCCUACAGCCAGCAAAACCUGAAUACAGAGUGGGAGAAGUUGUUGAAGUUGUAUUUGUAGGUGCUAACCCAAAGAAUUCAGCAGAAAACCAGACCCACUCAACCUUCCUCACUGUAGAAAAAUAUGAGGAUGCUUCAGCAACGUGGCACAUAGUGUAUAAUGAUGCUUCAUGGGAGACUCGUUUUUAUUGGCACAAGGGAUUACUGGGUCAGAGCAAUGCAACGAUAGAAUGGCAUAUUCCUGACACUGCCCAGCCUGGGAUCUACAGAAUAAGAUAUUUCGGACACAAUCGGAAGCAGGAACUUCUGAAGCCAGCUGUCAUACUUUCCUUUGAAGGCACUUCUUCUGCUUUUGAAGUUGUAACUACUUAG